AUGGGUAGAAGCAGGAGCAAGCAGCCGACCAACGGCGUGAAGCGCGAGCUCGCCGAAGACACUGAAACUUCCAAGACUCACCCUGCGAAGAAGACGAAGCUGCUUGACGACAGCGACGACGAAGCGAACGGCGACGAUGGCGGCGUGUCGCUGAAGAUCAACGAGGACUAUGCGCGCCGCUUUGAGCACAACAAAAAGCGAGAGGAGCAGCAUAGGUUGGAGGAAAAGUACGGCAAAGGCAGAGCACUUCAGGCUGAGGGCGAGGACUCGGAAGACUCUCAAGAAGGCGUAGAGGAGGAUGACGCCGGCGAACUCGUCACCGAAGACCUGGAUCAGGAAAUCUCUGCCACCCUCGCAGCGCUUCGUGCCAAGGAUCCGCGCAUAUACGAUUCGAGCGUGAACUUUUUCAAGGCGAAAGAGGAGGGUGCCUCCAAUGCAGACGAUGCCACCGACAAGGGACCUUCUAUGACGCUGAAGCAAUACCACACCAAGAACUUGCUCGAAGGAACGCUUGGCGACGAGGAGGAUACACCGCAACCGACGUACGCACAAGAGCAGGAAGAUGCACGUCAGAAUCUCGUUAAGGAGCUCAAAGCUAUAGAUGAGGACGACGAAGAUGAUGAUUUUUUGGUGGCAAAAUCUAGGACCGAGCCUGCACCCGAGAAGCGUGUCAAGAUUACUGUAGAGGAUGUCGAGAACGCCGAAAAGGAUCCUGAGGCCUUCCUCUCCAACUUUAUGGCAUCCCGCGCGUGGGUACCCAAGGGCGAAUCCCGCUUUCAGCCGCUCGAAUCCGACGAUGAGGACGAGGAUGCUGCGGCCGAAGAGUGGGAAAACUCAUACAACAUGUACUUUGAGGACACCACUGGCGCAAACGAGAAGCUUGUCACAUACGCUCGUGACGCUGUUGCGAAAACUACAGUCCGUCGAGAUGGGAAGAGUGGCCGAGCGAAAGCCCGCGAGGCUGCACGCGCGAAGCGGGAAGCUGAGAGACGGGAGAAAGAGGAAGACCUUGCUCGGUUACGGAAACUUAAGAUCGAUGAGAUGGAGCAAAAAGUCCAAAAGAUCCGUCAAACAGGAGGGCUUAAGGGUAGAGACUUCAAGGUCGAUGAGUGGAGAGAUGUUUUAGAAGCUGAUUGGUCUGAUGAUCAGUGGGAUAAGGAGAUGCAGAGGCGCUUUGGCGACGCGUACUACGAGGACGAUGAUGCUUUCGCGAGAAGUGAUGACGAGGAUGAAGGUGUGGACAAGAAAAAGAAAACGAAGAAGCCAAAGUUCGACGACGACAUCGACAUCAAGGAUCUCAUCCCGGAUUUCAAGGACGAUGACGAGGAGCAACAACAAUUUACCCUGACUGACGAUGAGAACGCUGACGGUGGUGUGGAUGAGAUGGAUGUUGAUGAUGACGAAGACGACGAGGAAGCAUCAACAUCGAAGAAGUCGUCGAAACAGCACAAGCAGGAGCGCGCGGAUGCAAAGAGCGCCGCGCGCCGUGAUCGUCGCCUCAUCGAGAACCUCGUCAACGACAGCCUACAAUAUGAGACCGCUCUCGCAGCGUCGUCAUCCAAAGCACCAAAGGGCUUCCGCUACCGCGAAACCUCACCCACCACUUUUGGCAUGACACCGCGCGAUAUUCUCCUUGCUAGCGAUAAACAGCUUAACGAGUUCGCUGGCCUCAAGAAGCUCGCCGCGUUCCGAGACCCUGCGAAGAAGAAGAAAGACAAGAAGCAGCUCAGCAAGAAAGCCAGGCUUAGGCAGUGGAGGCAGGAAACGUUUGGUGAUUCUGAAGGACCGAAGGGAGGGUUCGAAACAAUACUCAAAGAGGACGAGGGAGCUGUUAUUGGUGACACGGAGGCAGAGGAUGGGAACAUCCAUGACGGUGAACGCAAGAAGAAGAGGAAGAGGAAAGGAAGGAAGAGCGCUGCGGAGUCUUAA